UCAGUUGGCAACACUUAAAAAUGUAGAACGGAAGCGAGAAGUGGUGUGUACGUUUAAUCAUAUCUAAUGCCUUUAAAGGGAUAAUUAUUCGAUUUUUUUGUAGAGAAAAUAAGGUGGAAAGAUGACGGUUAUGGAAUUUUUUGGUUGUACUUUUAUAGCAUUUGGUCCACCUUUUGCUAUGUUCAUUUUAACAAUCGCCAAAGAUCCGAUACGUAUCAUCAUAUUGAUAUCGUCGGCAUUUUUUUGGUUACUUUCUUUACUAUUAUCAUCUCUUUUGUGGUAUAUUGUCUAUCCCUUAAGGAAGCAAUUAGCAUUUGGUGUAGUGUUCUCAGUCCUGUUUCAAGAGACGUUUCGUUUCUGUUUUUAUAAAUUGUUGAGGAAAGCUGAAGUUGGAUUAAAAAAAGUUGAAGAAGUAGGAGUUGAUGGAACGGCAGUUUCUAGUAAUAGAAAUACUUUAGCUUAUGUUGCUGGACUUGGAUUUGGUGUUAUGAGUGGUGCUUUUUCGUUGGUUAAUGUACUUGCAGAUUCUUCUGGGCCAGGAACAGUAGGUUUGAAAGGAGAUUCGCCUGACUUUUUUCUUAUUUCUGCUUUCACCACAUUGGCCUUUAUUCUGUUGCAUACUUUUUGGGGAGUGAUAUUUUUCAAUGCAUGUGACCAGAAACAAUAUUUUCAAAUUGUUUAUGUUCCUGUUUCUCAUCUAUUCAUUUCCUGCCUAACCUUAUUAAAUCAACAGAAAGAGUAUGCCGUAUCCUUAACUCCGAUCUACACUUUAAUUAUCUUAAGUGGCAUCCUGGCAUUCCGAGCAGCAGGUGGAUCACUGAACAGUUUUCGGGCUUUCUUUGAUUACAAAAUAACCAAUUGAGGAUUGCCGAAAAUAGAUGAAUUUUAAAUUGAAGUUUGGACUAUGAAAAACAAACAAAAAACUUUUUUUGUGCAUUAGACUGAAAAUUUACAGUUCGGGGAGGAACAUCACCGGUGUCCAGAAGUGUUGAAGAAAAGCAGAAUUUCAAAAGUCAGAAUUUUGAAGUAAAACCGUAAUCCAUCCUUAAUGAUUUUGAAUAAUGUAAUAAAAUCAUAUUUUAUUAAUUUAGAGUACAUAAAGUAGAUAUUCGGCAUGACUGAAAACAACCAACACAUAGCAUAAUGCCGCAGGAGAGGAACAAUCCUAAACAACAUUUUAAAACUUUAAAACA